GAGAAGCUGCCUCCCGGAGUUGGGUCUCCUCUGCCUCUUUCUCCGGCUCUCUUUUUUUUUUAAAGAUGGGUUAGGCAGGGAGGAGCGCCUGACUUUGCCCAGCGCAAGGACGCGGCGCAGUUGGAGAGCAGGGCGCCCUCCGGGAGAGCGGCAGGCAGCGGGCAUCCCCCGGGGUGGUGGGCGCGGGGCAGUGGGGACAGUCGAGGGGGCGCCUCGGCCCUCGAGGGGGUGGGGUUGGGGGGCUCGAGGGGGCGCGCGUGAAGGCGGCAUUCGGGGAGUCCUCCUGCCUGCCUCGCCAUUGUCUGGGGUUGAUCUGGAGGAGGAGGAGGAGGAGGAGGCGGCGGUGGGGUGGGGAGCGAGCCAGCCAGGGGGAGCCCGGCUUUGGAGUCGGCGGGGGGGGGGGCGUUAGCGGUGUCGAUUCUGGGCGGGGGGGAGAGAGGCCGGAGCAGCGGGAGGAAGCCGAGGAGCUCGCCGUCGCCGGCCGCCGCUGAUCACCGCCGCGCCCCGUCUUUCGGCCGCCCCUCCGCGCCGCCCCCGGCCGGGCGAUGACCAUGCUGCUGGACGGCGGGCCUCAGUUCCCGGCGCUGGGCGUCGGGGGGUUCGGCGCGCCCCGCCAUCACCCACACGACGUGGCGAACCGCGACGCCGCCGCCGCUGCAGCAGCUGCCGCCGCCAUGGGACUCAACCACCCCUUCGGGGACUCGUCCUUCAAGCUCAGCCCGGCGGCCCACGAGCUGGCGUCGGGGCAAGGCUCGGCCUUCACGCCGCAGGCUUCGGGCUACGCGCACCACCACCACCCGCACCCGCCUCACCCGCACCACGCCGGCCAGGUGCCUUCCUAUGCCGCCGCUGCUGCCGCCGCCGCCUUUAGUUCCACGCGGGACUUUCUCUUCCGCAACCGCGGAGGGUCCGCCCUCGGGGAUGCGGGCGCGGGCGGCGGCGGCGGUGGGGCAGGCGGCGGUGGAGCGGCGGCGGCGGCGCAGCACGGCCUCUUCGGCAGCAACGCGCCCGGCGGGCUCCACGCGCCGCCUCCCGGCCUCCCGGACGGCCCCGGCGGCUACUUGCUCUUCCCGGGCCUGCACGAGCAGAACCAAAGUCACCCUUCCCCGACGGGCCACGUGGAGAACGGCCAGAUGCACCUGGGCCUGCGGGGGGACCUCUUCGGCCGGCCGGAGCCUUACCGCGGGGUGGCCAGCCCCAGGGCAGACCCGUACGGGGGCCCGGCCCAGUUCCACAACUACAGCCCCAUGAACGUCAACAUGGGCGGCAUGAACGUGGCGGCGGCGGCGGCCCAUCACCACCACCAUCACCACCACCACCACCACCCCGGCGCCGCGGGGGCUUUCUUCCGCUACAUGCGCCAGCCCAUCAAGCAGGAGCUGGCCUGCAAGUGGCUCGAGCAGCCGCCCGCCCCGCCGCCGCCGCCCCCGACCCCGGCGCCCCUCGGCCGGCCCAAGAAGAGCUGCGACCGGACUUUCAGCACCAUGCACGAGCUGGUGACCCACGUCACCAUGGAGCACGUCGGCGGGCCCGAGCAGAACAACCACAUCUGCUACUGGGAGGAGUGCCCGCGGGGGGGCAAGUCCUUCAAGGCCAAAUACAAACUGGUCAACCACGUCCGCGUCCACACCGGCGAGAAGCCCUUCCCCUGCCCCUUCCCCGGCUGCGGGAAAAUCUUCGCGCGCUCCGAGAACCUCAAGAUCCACAAAAGGACGCACACAGGCGAGAAACCUUUUAAAUGUGAAUUCGAGGGCUGCGACCGACGCUUCGCGAACAGCAGCGACAGAAAGAAACACAUGCACGUCCACACAUCAGACAAGCCAUAUAUCUGCAAAGUCUGCGAUAAAUCCUACACCCAUCCCAGCUCUUUAAGGAAACACAUGAAGGUCCACGAGACGCAGGCCCUGGACUCCUCGCCGGCCGCCAGUUCGGGCUACGAGUCCUCCACGCCUCCCGUCCUCGCCGCCGCCGCCACCAGCAAAGACUCCAGCAAAACGCCCCCCUCCGCCGCCGCCGCGGGCGUCCAGACGGCGCCCCCCAGCCACAACCCCGGCCUGCCCCCCAACUUCAACGAGUGGUACGUUUGAUGAGGACAAACCGGACUGCGCCACCCCCCCUCCCCUGCCCGCGACCGGACUGGACCAAAACAGCGAAGAAGCCCUGCUCUAGCCUGAGACUGGAGUUUACAGGACAACAGUUUUUGAGAGGGGGGGCGGGGGCGACGGCGGAAAAAGAAGGUCGACCUUCAUUUCCCCCCCACCCCACCCGAGAGCCGGAGGCAGGACGGAUUUUGUGUCUGUUUUUCUCAGGAUCCCCCCCCCCCCCCACUCUUUUUUUGCAACGGCAGUGAUUUUCUCUGGCCACCCUGCUUUCCGACCAGGCUGUCUCUCCCCCACCCCCUUUCUCCUUUGCCAGCCUUUGGUAACUUUGACUUUUGUGGAUCUCCCCUCCCCUCCCCCUUCCUCCUCCUACGGUGGGAUGUCGAGAAAUGAGGACUCCAGUUUUCCCUUGGCCUUAGUUGUGAUUGUUACAAAUAUGAAAAAAAAAAACACAGUCUUAAAAACGUGCCAAAGUCCUGUAUUAUCUUGAACUCUCUCUCUCUCUCUCUCUCUUUCUCUCUCUCUGGUCCUCUGCUUUUCUUUCUCUCUCUCUUCCUGCACCUCUCCCCUCUGUCUCACUCCCCAAGCAUACACUUGUGAAUGUAUUUCGUCUGACUGGGGGUGGGACGGGGGAGGGAAUGUCGCUCAGCAUUUUUCUUUUCAGGAUGGCGAACAGAAAAUGUGAUCUUAAUUUCACCCACCUCGUGACGGUUUAGUAUAUACAGUUGCCUUUUCGUAACAACGGUUUUUUUUUUGUAAAUACAUAUCCAUGAUGCCAUAUUUAUCGUUUGUAAUUUAAUUAUUGAGAUAAGUGCCGGGAACUCAACAAUAUUUAUGAAAAAAAAAUCCCACAAAAAAGGAGAAAUGAAAAUUUUGUUUUUCUAACAAAAAAAAAUCACACAAACUCUGUACAGUUUUUGGUUAUAUAACUGCUUUAGCAUUAAAAGUUUAUUGUUUUGGAAAGAACACAGUGGGACACUUUUCUUUCCAAACUCCCCCCUCCCCCCCCCCCUGGUUUCUCUUGUUUUGGAAAGCUCUUUCUCUCUUUCAUAACUACCUGGGGAAAAAUCUCUUCCCCACAACAUCUGCGUUGGUGUCUUCUCUCCUUCCAGUUUUCCUGUCUGUGAAAUAUUGUCCCUCCUCAUAAAAUCUAAGGGUUUGUGGGUUAUUUUUUCUUCUUUCACCCUGGGAUAGAGGACUCCUUUCUUCCCUCCAGAGCAAACUUCUUAGGUUCGUUUCUGGGAUUCUACUUCUUCUGGGGAAAAUGCCAUCAAAUAACAUCUUCACAUUUCAGAGGAGGGAGAACUACCUGUAACCACCUUUGCCAGACACGUGUAAACACAGAAAGGUAAUUAGUUUUAUGUACAGCUGAGAGUGAAGGAGGUGUGCAAAGGUUUGCUUUUGGUAAACACUGUUUUCCCAGCAUCCAUCUCUUCUAUGGGGCCCUGUUCAGAGAUACUUUGGAAGCAAGGUUGCUUUCAUUCCCAGGGAUCUUACUCCCAAGUAAAUAGGAAACAUGGCCGAUGUUUCUGUGAUAGUGAAGUGAGAAACGCCAGGGUUGGAGUGGCUAAAUAGAAUAAAAUAUAAUUGCACAUUCAA